AUGACUUCAUUGCAACUUGGAGAAAAUUACAUAGUUAGUGCUGUGCUUAGAAGUACCGGAGACUUUACCGGCCGCUACGGCGUUGUGCGGGCUUUAGCCUCCGCGCCCCUAUCGUGCAGAUCCCCGGUGUUUGCACCGUACGCUUCGGAUUUGCCGCCGGGAUUGGACCGUGCUUGCCAUGCGACAAACAGCGGAUCCGAUGCCAGCGGCAAGAUGGAAAGGAUAAAGCUUGUAUUUGUUAGCGUAGCGGGGAGACGAAACAGCGCCAAGGGUUUUGAGAUGUGGACAAACAGUCAGAAACAAGUACCCGAGGAUCUCUUUAAGGACAUGUUUGCGUCUGUAGCGCCAUCUCGCGUGGCCGCCCCUCGGACGCACAAAGGAAGACGUACAGUACCACUCUUGCAUGCCAUCCCUGACGUUACAUAA